UUGUCAUCACCCGCACGUCGGCGCAUGCACCGCUCCGCUCGCUUACUUGUCGUGCUGAGCCGCUCAACUCCGCUUUCCCCCCCUGCUCCGCCUCUCGAUUCCCUAUCGUUGCCUCCCCAUGUCCGCCGCGACCGCGAUCCUCGCCGCCGCUCGCUCCCCGGCGGCCGCGCUUCACCGCCUGCACCUCCGCGCCCCCGCGGCCGCUCCCCUCCGCGUCCCCGGUCUCCGCGCCGGCCCCGGAUACCGGGGCAUUGCCAUGGCCGCCGCGGCGCAUGCACCCGUCCCCGCCGACCCGCUUCCCAAGGGUGCUGAUUCUUUUUUCCGAACAGUUAUCUCAAACAUGGAAAAGGUUUAUUUGAGCAGGAAUCCAACAGCCAAAACCAUUUUGGAGCUUGUCCGUUCUUAUGAUGGUGACCACAUUUGUUAUGAUCACCUUGCUUUCCGGACAUUUGGGGUUGAUGGUUAUGGUAUAAAUUCACUUGCUGAAUUUUUCACUGAUUUUGGUUAUCUACCUCGUGAAGAAUUAAGAUUUCCAGCAAAAAAGCUUAGAGCAAUAUGGUUUUCCCCUCCCACCAAUGAUGGCACUGGAACUGGUAUUUAUGGACCUUUGCCAAGGAUAUUCAUUUCGGAACUUCUUGUGGAUGAGUUGAGUGCUCAAAGCCAGGAAAUUAUCCACAAGUACAUUAGAACUUCUGGCAAAGGAAACAAACAUGCUGCUCUUGCAAGUAUAUCUGGGGAGCUGACAUGGGAGACGCCCAUUUAUUCAGAUUUUCAGGUUUUGUCUAGGGAAAGUGAAUAUGCUGCAUGGACUCUUGUUAAUGGCUAUGCACUAAAUCAUGCCACAAUUUCCACACAUCGCCUAGAGUCGGAUAUCAGAAAUAUUAAUAAGUUCAACAAAUUUGUGGAGGUCAAUGGUUUCAAGUUAAAUUCAGAAGGAGGGAUUCUGAAAGUGAGUCCUGAUGGUCUCCUUCAGCAAAGUUCAACAGUAGCUGAUUCAUCAUUGUUUACGUUUGCUGAUGGAAAAACUGAGUCUAUUCCUCGAUCCUAUAUUGAGUUUGCUGAACGCCUACGGCUACCACAGUUCAAAGAUUUGCAAGAUGAAGAGGUGAAAGAACACCAUAGGCGCGAUGGUUUUGAGGUGGGCAACGCAGACAAGAUAUUUGAGAGCACGUCGAAGGAUCAGCUGACCCGGAGAUCUGCAUAAACAGUGAACUCUUGAUGAACUGUUUCUGCAUGUGAUCCAAUGUGUCUCUUGGAAGUGUGUUGGAGGCAUGCGUUGUGUAAAUGAUUGUAUCCACCUGGAUAAAAUAAAACAUGAGAAUCAAUAAAUAGUGAGUGUUUUCUAAUCUA